AUGGUGCGCGUUCCUGGCGCGCUCGUGUUCGGGCGGCAGUUCAUCCCGUCGCCCCGUACGCAGGUAGAGGGCAUCUCGAGCGGCGGGGCGACGGGGUACAAGGGGCAUGAGAAGAAGCUGGAGAGCUUCAUAGAGCUUUUUGUGAUCGAGCCCGUGGAGGCGUCAGGGUCAUACCCGGUGGCGAAGCAGGAGCUUCGCGGGCAUGGGACAUCCGGCGUCGCAGCAGUCGAGCCGUUGCGGCUGCCGCCUGUGUCUGCACUUUGCCUUCUUGGUCUUUCCUCUGGCUCGCUUGACCGACCACCGUCUCCUCCCCCACCGUCUCUCCCAGUUUGUGGUCCCACGUUUUCUCCCCGGGUCUCGUCUCCGGCUCUUCUUCCUCUGCGUUCACAGCUGUCUCUUCCUAUGUCUCCUGACGCGACUCCUCCCUCCCACGACUGGGUCCGUCGUCCCUCUCCUGCUCGCUCAGUGUCUCCCAUUCCUAGCGUUCUCUCUAUGCUCCUCCGUUUUUGCGUCUCUCGUGCUCCGCCACCCGCUGUUUUCCUGUCACCUCCUCCAUCGCCCCUUGCUGUCUCCUCUCCUCCGUUCUCUGGCUUUCUCUGGGCCGCUCCCUUUACAGUCUCCUGUGUCCUUUCCUCCCUCGUUACCGACCCCACUGCUCCUCCGCCCAUCUUUGCUCUUGUCGCUGACUUUGCCUCUAUCCGCUGCCUUGAGUACGCCUCUAAGUUGGUCUAUGAAUGCCAAAGAGAGACUCAGUAA